GUAUAGUAACCGCCGAAUCGCAUUGCUUGUGUUAAAAAGAUUUUAAAAUAAUAAUUUAUUUAAUUCUUCCAUAAUAUAAGAGCUUUAUACGAUUCAUCAGGAGAAAGUGAAUUUGAGCAGUAUUUAAGAAUUCACAAAAUGUCAUCAAAUGAUUAUAUAAAAAAAAUAAGAGAAGAUAGAGAGGCAAGAGUUCAGGCUCGAAUUCAGAAGUUAAGAGAAUUGAAUCUUAAAAAAUAUGGACAAAGCGAAACAAAUAGAAACAAUGUUUCAAGAUCAGCUUCUGAAAAUGCUGCAUUUCCAAAAAAUAUACCGAAUUUUAUUAAUAAUUUAACAUCAGAGAAAAACUUAAAUACCGUAAAGAAACCAACAGCCAUUUCUAAUGUACUUCCCAAAAAAACUGAUUAUCCUAGUGGUAUACCUAAAAAAACACAACCUCAAAUUAAAAAUAUUGUUAAUGAUCUUAAAAAGCCAGAAGCAAAAGAUAUCCAAAAAAAUAUGAAUGGUGUUGUUAAGAAGAUGGAUUUAAAGAAUAACCAAAAGCAUGUCAAUUGGGAAAAGGCAGAAACAAAAGAUUUGCACAAAAAGAAAACUGUAGUCUUACUUAAUGCAAGUAUUAAGGCUAAAGAAAAUGCUAAUUUAAGAAAAUCAGUUAUUCCAACUAAACCUCCACUUAAUAAUAAAAAGAGUUUCAUACCCACUAAUGUUGCUAGAAAAAGUACUAUUGGCGGUACAUUGGGAAAGAGAGAAUCUGUUUUUGAUCGACUCUAUAAACCGAAAACUGUUUAUACAGAGCAUAAUAUUAAACAUGACAAGAAACCAAUUGCUCCUCCAAUAGUAAACAGACGAAAGACUACAUUUGACCAAAGCCAGAGAGCUAAACUGCCAGUUCGAAGAUCCAUAUCUGCUGUACACUUUAAGAAAAUUGACAAAGGUGAACUUAAAAACUGCAUACACAGAUCGGCGUCCAUCGGAGACAUAAACAAAGUGUCAUUGCAUAACAUUAAUGAAGAUGAAAACAUCCAAGAAAUGGUAUCAGCAGUGAAGAGCGAACAGAAAAAAGUUAAAUUCCAAACACCAUUGACAAAUCCAGAUGAAAUGAGAUUGAAAUUGGUGAAAUGGCUGGAAAAACGCGGAAAAACUAUUGAUACAUACCAGCAUUUACACUGUUUUGGCAUACAACAGUCAUUUGAUAUUCCAAAAUUUGAGUAUGGUGAUGAAGAUAAGGAAAACCAGCCGUUGGAAAAUGAUAGUGAUAAUGAAUCGUUUACUGAGUUGAAUGGACAGCUGAUUAAUAAGUGGAGGAGUCCAAGUAAUAUGGACAGCGUUGAAUUAAAUGAGAGCUAUGAAACGGCAGUCAUUUCUGAAUCACCAAUGGUGAAUGAUGCGUUGUUGGGUGCUCUCAAUGAUUUGACAGAAAUAUUAAGAAAUGGAUAUAGCUGGGAAGAGGGCGCCCGUUGGCUCCGUGCAAUAAGAGAUACAUACACUGCUGCCCAAGAAACGGCUACAUACUGGGAAUGUAGAGCCGCCUUGGAGGAAGCACGAGGGGACAUGCCAGCUUCCAUGCAGUGUUGGGAAGAAGCGCUGGCUAAGGGCACCAAUCGGACAGUAGCAGAAGAAAACAUUGACCAUCUGCUAGCCAAGUUUAUGCAGUUGAAGAUUAAUCCUGGUUCCGAGAAGAAAGUGGACCCAAAGCUGGUUGACGCAAAAAAUGUCUUUAAAAGUACAUUACUCAGAUUUGCUGUGCAAGAAAAUAUUAAACAAAUAACUCCAACAGUGACACCCGUACGUCGAAGUGCGAGGCUUAAUGACAGGAAAACUCCGCUAAAACUAUUCAACACUGUACAACAAGCAUUUGACACUGAAAAGGCCGAAUUUAGGCCUAACCGAGCUAUUGCUCCCACACCUUAAGCUAAUUCUGUUUAACAGACGAUUAACACAAUAUUUACUAAAUUGUUCAAGCUAAUGUAUAGGCAUAUAUAAGUUGGUAAUUCUUCAUGAAACGUCUUGUUAUCAAAAACCAUUCAAUAUAAUAAUCGUGGUUUAAAAAUGAUUAAUUUUGAAACAGCUGAUUUGUAAGGGAUUGACAGUCACGUGACCAAUUUCAUACAAAAUAUUUGGGUGUUAGUAAAAAGUCGCAAAGUAUUUUUGUCUCUCUCAUUAUUUAAAUCUAUUAUUAUAUUGUAAAUUAAAACAUUAUUAAACAUUGUUUUGUUGUACCUUAAUAAGACUUAACUGUGAAGGCUAAAAUCUCAGAUAAUCAAUAAACUGUUCGUAAACAUUGUUUUUCGUCGCAUCACUCAUUGAAUUAAUCAAUAUUUGUUUUAUUUAUUUUAAUAGACCUUAGCGAGUAGCUUCAGAAACGAUUGACUUUUGAUUUCUGACACCAGUUCGUAUCUAAAUAUUGCAACUAACGCUUUUAGCGACGUUAUUCUGUAGCUCAAAAGCUAUCCUGACUUUAUAUUGAGGCCAAAACGUCAAUAGUUUAAUCUUGUUUCAAGAGCUGUUUUUCUGUAGUUUGACGGAGAUUAAGUGGAGAUUGUAACUUGAGAUAGAUUUUAGAAUGUGGACCUGAGUAUUUGUACCACAAAAUCACAAAGUUAAUAAAAGAACUAUAAAAAUUGGGUACAACAACGUGGAGAUCGCUAUAGGAAGUUACAAAAACAGAUAACAGAAAUUUAUUAACCUUUAGAAGUAAUGCUAAUAUAUAUAUAGCUAAAUAUAUUCGUAUUCAAAGGUAUUAAUAACCUUUAUGUGCAAUUUCGCUUUCAAAUUAAACUAAAUUUAAAGUCAGCUUACUACUCAUGCUCGAAAUAUUGUCCUCUGAAUACUUCUACGAUAUCGUCGCCAGUGAGAAUUCUCAAAACUCUCUAUUAACGAAUGACUCGCAACAAAAGUAAUAGAAGCGGCAUGAGCAGUGUGAGAGACCUAUUUAGAAACGCUGUCUCCUCACAAGGUUGUGUGUAACUGUGAUAGUUGAAAAACUAAUCAUACUGGCGCCACCAAUCGGUAGAUUAUUCAACUGUUAUCAAACACCAACAAUAUUUCUCCCAUUUGAAGUGAUAAAAAUGAAAACGACGAAAAUAUACGGUAAUAGUUUUUAUUACUAAUAUUUUUCUGGGUUUUUUUACGAAAAUAUUAGGGUAUUAUAAGUUUUUGAAUGCGAAUAUGAAACUUGCUAUGAUAUCGACGAAGACCGAUCGUAAAAUCGGAAAUUACUAAUUGUGUACCAAAAUGGGUUUGAUAAACUUAUGAUUAAAUGAUUUUUUGAUUGCUUAUGUAGCUUUCAUCGUUUUUUGUGCUUUGUAUGGGCUUUUAUAUUACAAUCAUGAAUGUUUAAAUCUUCGUAUAUAACCAUGUACUUUUACGAUUUUAAAAAGUAGUGUAUUUCUACAGAUUUCGAUAUAUGUAAAAUAAUAUAGCAUAUAGUACCAGGGAUUCGCAUGACAGUAAUAAUAUAUUUAAAGCUGCGUUAUUAGUAAAAGCAAAAAGUACAAAAAGAUGUUUACUUCUGCAAUCCUGCUGGAGAUUUUACAACUGUGUAUGAAAUUCCAAAGCAUGUUUUAGGUUCUAAAAAACGCUGGGUGUCGAUUUAAAAUUAAGUUUUUAAUAAAAGAGUUUAGAAGCCAAAACAUAUGUAUAUAGGUUAUAUUUUUUUUUUGUAUUCUUUACACACUUACCAUUUAUAUGGCGCUGGUGUAGUUUUGCCGUGUGUGGUCUGUAAGACUUAUUUUGUGUCAUAAAUAAAUUGUAAAUAUUU